GCGCUGUCUGGCUUUAGACAGAUCCAUGUUAUUGACAUGGAUACUAUAGAUGUUUCUAAUCUGAACCGACAGUUUCUGUUUCGACCGAAGGAUGUCGGGCGGCCAAAAGCAGAGGUUGCAGCAGAAUUCCUAAACAGCCGCAUUCCCAACUGUGCUGUCGUGGCAUAUUUUAAAAAGAUUCAAGACAUGGAUGAAAGCUUCUAUCGACAGUUUCAUAUUAUUGUUUGUGGGCUGGACUCUAUAAUUGCAAGAAGAUGGAUUAAUGGCAUGCUGAUGUCAUUUUUACAUUAUGAAGAUGGUGUACUGGAUCCAAGUUCCAUCAUACCUUUAAUAGAUGGAGGGACAGAAGGUUUUAAAGGAAAUGUUCGUGUGAUUAUUCCUGGUAUGACAGCAUGUGUUGAAUGCACACUUGAGCUUUAUCCACCACAGGUCAAUUUUCCCAUGUGUACUAUUGCAUCUAUGCCCAGACUACCAGAGCACUGUAUUGAGUAUGUCAGGAUAUUGCAGUGGCCGAAGGAGCAGCCUUUUGGAGAAGGUGUUGCAUUGGAUGGAGAUGACCCUGAACACAUACAGUGGAUUUACCAGAAGUCUUUAGAAAGAGCAUCACAAUUUAAUAUUAAAGGUGUUACAUACAGACUCACCCAAGGGGUGGUUAAACGAAUUAUUCCAGCAGUGGCUUCUACAAAUGCAGUAAUUGCAGCUGUUUGCGCCACUGAAGUUUUUAAAAUAGCCACAAGUGCAUACAUUCCUCUUAACAACUACUUGGUGUUUAAUGAUGUGGAUGGAUUAUACACGUACACAUUUGAAGCUGAAAGAAAGGAGAACUGUCCAGCCUGCAGCCAACUUCCCCAGAACAUAGAGAUUUCUCCAUCAGCUAAGUUGCAGGAGAUCUUGGAUUACUUGACAAAUAAUGCUUCAUUGCAGAUGAAAUCUCCUGCAAUCACAGCAACCAUGUAUGGGGGAAAUAAAACACUUUAUCUGCAGACAGUGGCUUCAAUUGAAGAGCGAACAAGGCCAAAUCUUUCCAAGACACUAAAAGAAUUGGGGCUUGUGGAUGGCCAGGAACUUGCAGUUGCUGAUGUUACUACACCACAGACUAUGUUGUUCAAGCUUCAUUUUACCACUUAAUUUAUUCAUAAGUAAACUGCAUAUCAAGUGAGAGAAAUCUGUACCCACUUUGUAAAACAAACAUAUUCUCCAGGUGUUAAAGCAACCUGAAACAUUCAUGUUAGUAGUAGCACUGUCGAAGGUUAGGUAAUACAAAUGAGUCGCCAUAUUUCAGAACUGUACGUAGAAGCCAAUAUUUGGUGGAUUAUAUUUGUAUAAAAGCUUAUUAAUGUACAGAACUCUGAUGUAUAUGAAUACACUUUCUUUCCAGUUUUUGUUCUCGAAAAUGUUAAUGCUUUCAGACACAUGGAAACUUUAAGGUGGCCAAAAGUCUUGUUGUCAACGUCUGUGCACACGUGUAUACAAAGAGAAGACCCUCUGAGAGGAACCACAGUGCUCUGGGUUUAAAUUGCAGCACUC